UCUCUCUCUCUCACACUUCCGGCCUCUAAAAUCGGAAAGCAAAGCAUAAACACAGAGGCGAGAGAUAAUUGCUUUUUAAAAUCUCUUUUACUCCGAGUCUUGUAGGUUUUUGUGUGCGAGUGUGUGCUUGGAGGAGCGAAUCAAAGUGGGAGAAGAGAAGAAGAUGAUAGACUUCGCUCGCGUGCAAAAAGAGCUUCAAGAAUGCAGCAGAGACAUUGAGGCAUCGGGCAUCAGAGUCAGCCCCAAAAGCGACAAUCUCGGGCGUCUCAUCGGAACUAUCCCUGGGCCCAUCGGCACGCCCUACGAAGGCGGCACCUUCCAAAUCGACAUCUCUUUGCCAGAUGGGUACCCUUUUGAGCCUCCCAAAAUGCAGUUUGCAACCAAAGUUUGGCACCCUAAUAUCAGCAGUCAAAGUGGAGCAAUUUGCCUGGACAUCUUGAAGGACCAGUGGAGCCCAGCUUUAACUCUGAAGACAGCCCUUCUUUCUGUACAAGCACUGCUUUCCGCACCUGAACCUGAUGACCCUCAAGAUGCUGUGGUAGCACAACAGUAUCUUAGAGAAUAUCAAACUUUUAUCGGCACAGCUCGUUACUGGACAGAAACUUUUGCCAAGGCAUCAUCUCUUGGAGUUGAAGAAAAGGUGCAAAAACUUGCGGAGAUGGGCUUCCCUGAAGCUCUUGUGAGAAGUACUCUGGAAGCAGUUGGUGGUGAUGAAAACUUGGCUCUUGAAAAGCUUUGCUCUGGCUAAGGUGUGCACUGUGCACCAGCUUCCAACUUUUUUACUCAGAAGUUUAUGGACCACUGACCAUGAGGCUGGAAAUUAUACCCACAGUUAUUUAACUUGGAAUAGCUUAGUUUUGUCUUUAAUUAAUUUCCUGUGAACUACGUUUUCUCGGACAUAUCAUUUCUUAUGAUGUAACUGGGUCGGUAUCAUUGUAUAUCACCUUAUUGUCAAGCAACUUCUGCCAUCAGGGUGUUGUCGUCUAAACUAUUACAGUAUAGAUGUAGUUGAAAUGUUCCAAAUUCAAGAAGGAAUUUGUCCCACGCA